GACUUGUUUGGGGUGAGCAUGAUCAUCCCGCUGCUGAGCCAUCAUGUGAAAGCUCUCGGAGCAAGUCCCACUGUGGCUGGUAUUGUAGGAGCUACAUAUGGGAUCUUACAGCUCUUCUCAAGCACAAUAGUUCUCCUGAAAUUGGUUUAAUUCUCAUGGGUCAUGCGACAAAUUAGGAGGGAGAUAAGGAGUCAACUGUUGGAUCCUGUGUGCAGACCGGCUGAAUCCUGAUAAACGUAGGGAAACGAGAACAGCUGGGUCUCUGUGAUAAUCCCACCAGGCUACAUCCAGAACACAGCAAACUCAAUUGGUCCUAAUUACAUUAUUUCAUCAGAUGGUGUGUGUGUGUGUGUGUGUGUGUGUGUGUGUGUGUGUGUGUGUGUGAGACAGAGGAGAAGGAGAGAGGCAGGGUGAGAAUCUAAUAAAGUCUUGUGUAAUGGUCUGCGCUGCUUGUUUGAGAGGAAACACAGGGUUUCUGCUUCAUUUAAGUUUCUCCAUCCACAAGAUACUUUUCUCUCUUCAUCUCCAUUUGUUGGGAUUUGUCAAUAAUCCCAGAUCAGUGAACAGUUCACAAACAAAAUUUAGGCCUCAACUCCACCUGUCCAGAUGUUUCACAGGACUGUACAAAAAUCCAUAAUCUCUUUUCAGAGAAUGGAAACUUUGGUUUGUGGUUGUGUUUCAUUUCCUGUGUGUGAUCGGCAGGGCAGCUGGAGUGAUGUGGUGGGACGGCGGUACUCUCUGCUGACUUGUCUGCUGCUGAGUGCUCUAGGCUACGGCCUGCUUGGGAUGUCCACCAGCAUCGCUUUGUUUGUCCUUGCACGGAUACCUGUGGGGCUGUUCAAGCACUCCCUGUCCAUCUGCAGAGCCCUGCUGUCUGACCUAGUGUCUGACUCAGAGCGCCCUCUGGUGAUGGGACAUUUCAAUGCAGCCUCCAGUGUUGGCUUCAUCCUGGGUCCUGUGGUGGGAGGCUACCUCACAGAGCAUGAAGGCGGCUUUUAUACCUCCUCCUUUACCUGUGCGGCCAUCUUUCUUGUUAAUGCAGGGCUAGUAUGGAUGCUACCUUGGAGCGAGACGCUAAUUCGCCGUAAUGAAACUAACUCCAGCAACAACCCAAGUAAAGGUUGUCAUGACAGCAACUGCAGUAAGUCGGCUCACAAUGGCUGUCAUGCAAAUAGUCACCACCCACUGUUGGCGGCAGAGACUGGCUCAGGUUCCAGAGCUUCAAGUAAGUACAGUGGUGGUCUCAGGUGGUGGGAGUUGUCUCUGCUCCAGCCAGCUUGGAGACAGCUUUCCUCAGUGGUGUCAAAGAUCCAUAUGGUGGCCUCCUCUGACAUGUGGGACCUCUUUCUGGUGCGUCUUCUGAUGGCCAUAGCUAUCAUGCUUUACUACAGUAACUUCUCCCUGGCGUUGGAGGAGCGUUUCUCACUUAAACCAAAGGUGACAGGUUAUCUGAUCAGCUAUAGCAGCACCUUAGGGGCCCUGGCUGGGUUUCUGGUGGGACCAGUCACCCAGCUGUAUGGGAACAACAUGCCUGCUCUGCUGCUUCACUCCACAGUUCUCACCUGCUCACUCAUAUUCCUGUACGCCGCUGCGCCCAGUGUGUGGCAGGUGCUACUUACCUCCACCUUCUUCGCCAUUUCUACCACUAUUGGACGGACAUGUAUCACAGACCUGGAGCUGCAGAGAGGAGGUGUCCAAGCCAGUGGGACUCUGAUCGGAGCCGGGCAGUCUGUCACAGCCAUUGGUCGAAUCCUGGCCCCUCUCCUCUCUGGUCUGGCUCAGGAGUUCAGCCCUUGUGGUCCCCCAAGUGUGGGAGUGGUCCUCGCUCUUGCAGCUGUAGGUUUACUGCUCAUGAGGAUUCCCGUGUGGGAUGGGAGAGGGAUGAAAAAAACAACCAAACUCGUAAACUCUGAGUAGCUGAAUGAAUUUAUAAUUAUGAAAAUCAAUGCAAAUCUUCCACACAGAGAAGUGCUCUUAUGUGUUGGAGGCCAGCUGUGAAGAUGAACUGCAGACUCAUAGUGGGAAUGAUGUUUCCUGCACAAUGCCUCUGCCAAACAUACCUGUACAGGUAGAUGUGACUGCAUCACAAGGUCAAAAUGGCUCCUUAUCACCAACACUGCAGCCCUCCUGUCAGGGAGAGUGGCUUCAAACCUCAAAUGUAGUAUUGGGCUGAGGAGAUUAAUCUGCAUCCUUUUGUACUGUUGUAAGUUUGAUCAGACAGAAACACAUUGACUUGGCACAUACUACUUGGGACGGAGAUUGGAAACAAUGCACACUUUAUUUAAUUCUCUUACUGCAAUAAGUUCCUGGACUUACUGUGGGCCUGCUGAUGAUACACUACAAGUCAAAAUAACUUCUACGUCUUCACCAAAAUACAGGUGAUCCUCCUUUCACACACCAGGCAAUGAUGCUUCAACCAUUUAAACAUUCAAAAUGGUUUGAACUUACAGUUGCUGUGGUGAAAUCAGGCUGCCUGAAGGUAUAUUACACUGUUGUACUUUUGGAGUAGUCAAGUUGGCCAUAAUUAGUUUAACACAUUUUACCUCAAUGCCAGUAGUUUCUCCAAAUGCACCACAUGAGAAAUGGUUCCUAUGGUGGUUUAUGAGUGAAUGUUUCUCUAAUUUCUGACUCUUAAAUUUUACAGAUUGUUAAUUUAUCUUAGGAUAUGUUUAAAUAGAGAUUUAAUGAAAUUGUUUGGGUUUUUUAAGUUGAAUUUCAGAUGUAUACUGAGCACCACUCUUAUUUAAAAACCCACAUACCAGCUGGAAGGAAAGUUGUAUAAAUGUAAGUACAUGCCAAAAAGUCACAAGAAAUAAACGUUUUGUUUGUGA